AUGGCUACAUUGGAGAGCUUGGUUGGACAAAAUCCUGUGGUCAUUUUCAGCAAAAGCUCAUGCUGUAUUUGCCACUCCAUUAAGCAACUGAUAUGCAGUUUUGGGGCGAACCCUAUCAUUUACAAGCUCAACGAGCAUCCAGACGGACAGCAAAUCGAAAGGGAGCUGGGAAGAAGAUCGAGUUUACCUGCUGUGUUCAUAGGGCAGGAGUUGGUCGGCAGCGCCAGAGAGGUGACAAGCCUCCAUGUCAGGGGCCAACUAGCCCAAAAGCUAAUUGACGCUGGAGCUAUUUGGGAAGAUAUUAGUUCUAUAUCUGUACCAAAUGUAGGCCCUGAUUCGUUCUGUAAGCUAUCUGGCCUCUCUGCAAACACUGCAAAGAGUCAGCUGGUAGUUCCUCAUCUAAUGGACUUCCUCCAAUUAGGGGACUUCUCUCUCUUUUCUUUCUGA